AUGCACAGUGCGUUGACGCGAGGGAAUGCCAUCUUCUCGCUCGGCUUCACAUGCGUGGCGCUGGCCACGUUCCUGUGUGCCGUGACCACGGUGUUUGAGAACCCUUCGCCUGUCGUUUCGGUCAACAUUCACAACCCGUUUGUCCGGAACCAGCAGCAGUACCACCGCUGGAGCCAGCGCUUCGAUCGCGCAUACUUUACAUUCGACCUCAACGCUGGUACGUGCAUGCCUGUCACAGCAAACGUUGUCGCAUCGUGUACGACUGUGCGCCUACGCUUCACUGGUUCUCAGGCCGUGAACCAGAUUAUCGUGUGGGAUAAGAUCAUGCGCCGGGACAUUGACGAUCCAAGGAUCUCGUUGCGCGACAUGAAGCUCAAGUACCCUUUCUACGAUGACGCACACGGCCUCAGGGGAAACAACAUCACGCUCUCCUUGCACUGGAACGUGGUCCCUGUUGCGGGCCUGCUUCCUCGCAACUCAGAGGGCCAUGUGACCAUCAAGCUGGAUGAUCAGUACGCGUGAUGAUGUCGCGUGUAUGUGUUGGCGUGUCUGUAUCUGUCUGUCUGUGUGUGUGUGUGUGUGUGUGUGUGCGUGGUGUGUGUGCCUGUGUGUGUCUGUCUAUCUCUGUGUGUAUCUGUGUGUGUGUGUGUGUGUGUGCUGUUGGUCCUCCCUCCACUUAGGGCAACCUCCUUUUGCCAUUCCCAUCCUUGAUUUUACUGCAGUUGUCCUGGUGGUGUUGUAAACGCAU